UAUGGCUUCGGAUGAACAAGAAGGAAGGCCACUGCCCAAGUUCGGGGAAUGGGACGUGAAUGACCCUGCAUCAGCUGAAGGAUUCACUGUAAUAUUCAACAAGGCCAGAGAUGAGAAGAAAAGCAACAACAAACAGGUUACUUCGGGAGGAUCCGGGCAUGGCGGAUCGCAUCGAAGUAGAUCCGAUUCCCGCAAUAAGGAUAGAGAUAAACCUAAGCGGAGGUGGUUUUGCUUUAAACCUUAGAAAUGGAUGGUGAUGAUGAUGAUGAUGAUCGUGAAAUUUUCCUGAGGAUCACAGAAACAGAAUAGAGAACAAGUAAAUAAUAACAAUAAUAAUAAUAAAAAUAAAAAAGUAGUUGCUGCUAGCCUGUGCUUGAAUCAUCCAUGCAGCGGUAUUCCUUUUUCCCUUUUGCCACCCAUACACAUUUCAUGAAUAUAUCUAGCUACUUAAUUAUACAGUUAUACGGACCAGCAGCCAAAUGUAAAUAGCCAAUAGGUGAAUAUAUAUAAAUAAUGACAAUGACGGUCAUUUUGAAGUUACAGAAAUCGCAUAUCAUAUGUUUAAUUUUCUU